AUGGCACCCCUCUGGAUCGCAUCUUACUGGGGUCACAGCAGCCUCGUGAAGCUUCUGCUGGAGGCGAGGUGUGAAGUGGACAGCACCGACACACGCGGUGGAUCUUCUCCGCUCUGGGUGUCCUGCAGGAACUGCUGCGAAGGCGUCGUGAAGCUACUGGUGCAAGCCUCUGCAGGACUGAACAAGACCAACAUUGACUGGCAAUCUCCAGUAUGGAUUGCGGCAGCCACUGGCCACCCAGCAAUUCUGCGGCUCGUGCUGGGAGCCCGGGCAGACCUUGCCAUCCCAGAUCGAGUUGGAAGAUCCGCGUUGUGGAUUGCUGUUGCCAACAGCCACCUGGACCCACAGCCUGUGGAUGUGCUGAAGGCAGAGGUCAACGCCAUCGAAGGGGUCCGUGUCUCCGUCGUGCGCACUCUACUUGAGGCUCGGGCCGAGAUCGACUGUGACGAUGAGGGAGAGUCGGUCCUUUCGGUGGCGGCAAAGUUGGGAAAUGCACAGAUCAUGCAGCUCCUCCUGGAAUCGACUCCGCCUGACAGCGGCGUUGCUGCGCACUGCCUCUGCCAGCCUGCAUGGAAGGCUUCCGCAGAGGGUCACGAUGACAUCGUCCAAAUGCUGCUCAAGGCAGGUGCGGACAAGAAUUGGGCCAACAGCCAGGGGGAGUCCUUGCUGUGGAGCGCCGCAAAGAAGGGCUUCACACGAGUCGCGCAGGUGCUGCUGCACGCAGGCGCAGACUACGACCUGGCCAGUGCCAAUGGCCAGUCUCCUCUUUGCUUGGCUGCCGCGCGCGGCUUCGUGAGCAUCGUGAGGCUUCUGCUUGCAUCAAGGGCUGACAAAGAGCAGUCCACCAAAGACAAGCAGUCGCCGUUAUGGCUCGCUGCCGCAAAUGCCAAUGUGGCCGUGGUGCGCUCUUUGUUGCAGGCCAGGGCCAACGUCAACGAGCCUGAUCUGAAAGGAGAUUCGCCCUUGGCAGUGGCCUCGGCGAAAGGCCACGUGCAGGUUGCUCGGAUGCUGCAAGAAGCCGUGUCCGAAGGUGUUGACACCGUCGGCUCACCGCCGAGAGGCCCAAAGAGGCCACGUGUGCCGACAGACCCAGUCUGCGCUGAGAUCGAAAGCAGGGGGUUGAAGCUUACCCGUUGGUGUUCUUAA